AUGGCAGUUAGGCACCGAAAUGGUGCUACAGCUGAGUGUUUUUUAAGCUGGGGUGAAGUAUUUUCUGACUUUAGAGCACAAUGGACAAAAAGAACUAUUGUCGAUAUCAGGCUGCAUGCGACCAUCGAAGUAGAUGAAAACGAUCUGUGUAUGUUGACCGAUCUUGGCUCUCUGAAUGGGUCGAGACGAAAUGGAAUGGCUUUGAAACCAAAAGUUAGCUACGAAUUGCGGCCGGGUGAUCGCGUGCAAUUCGGGAACCUAACGGGAGUUAUUCAUCUUUCGUCCAUGGAUGAACCGAUUGUAGCAGCACAGUUAUCUGGCGAUGAUUGUAUGCGAAAUCCGCUGGCCGAUCUGGAAAAUUCUUCUAUCCAAAAGAAUUCUACUGGCACUUCAGCGGCAUCCACAAAACCUUACGUGUGCUUGGUUUCACCGGGGGAUGACAGCGACACUGAUUCAGCUGCCAGUUCGAACAUGUUGGCUCCGAUUGUGAUCGACACAGAGCAGGUUGCAGACGAUUUGCUGCCUAAUCCUUCUCAGUAUGUGAGUCGCUCUCCAUCACCAAUCCUAGGUGGCCGAAACCAAUCAAGAACAACCGACAAGACGUUGUUGAGCGAACUUCUGGUGUGUGAAACGCACUUGAAACCGAAUACCCAGAGGCAUCUUGUUUAUGGUUUCUCUGAUGUUCAAGAGGAACUGGGACUCGAAAUCGGUGGAACUGAGCCACUCGAAGUUAAAAAUCAGAUGCUUACUGGGUCCCCCAUCCUGCCAAUAACUAGGACGUCAGAAGCCACACCAAAUGAAUUUAAUUGUACUGCCACGCCAGCACUUUCAGGUCGAUUCUCCACUGCUACUGGCGCUCAGGUGACACCUAUGGAAGAGAAAAAUAAUGCGGUUUCAUCAACGCCAUUCAUCACGCGUUCAUCGACCGGUGCUUUGGCCUAUGAUUCCGAACCGGGAUUGCAUAGUAGCCACCACAUCUCUUCAGAGGCACAUUCUCGAUGCUGGGAACUCCCAGAAACCCAACCCGAAGUACCGACCGAAUCAGAAAUGGUUGUGGAAGAAAGUGAACUUUUUUGGGCACCCACAACUACAAACCAACAUCAGGAUCUUCAGAAUGACAAUCGCUCCGUGCUUCAUUCGAAACUGUCUGCGGAACAUUCACCCAAAGAUAAUCAGCUGACUGCUGACAAGUCAGUUUCCUCUCAAGAUCACCCCUCUCUCGACUCCGAGCCGGUUGGCUUAAUCAUACAAGAAAGUCAAUGUCAUUCAGAAUCUCAGGUGGUGGAACUGACACAACCGAUGAUAGGUGCCUCAUUACUGGUUGUCAGUGAACACUCUCCGGCACCUUCUUUUCAAGAUAAUCUGUCCGGGGUUCAGCUGAUAGGAAACCGACCAUCUAUCCUUUCGACAACGCCGAAAAAUCUUCCAGCUGUAGCACCCUUUCGGUGUCUAGCUGCAAUGCCACACGAAGAAGGCACAAGGACUGGGAUACUGCCAGGUCACCCAAGCCUAGACAGCGGAAGUCGAGUAGCAGAGAAUGCCGAUGUACCUGAUGAUUCUGAGGACCUAACGCAACCAAUGAUCCAAAUGAGUACGGCUAGAAAACGGAGGUUUAUGAGGUUGGACACUGUCGUCGAUUUGGAUGUGUCCGCAGUGGAGGAACCCCAAAUGAAUGGUUCCAAAUCACCAGUGAAGCAAACGUCCAUUGUUGGUAGUAGUCCGCAUAAAUCGGUUGUUCAUUAUCCCCGGCUUGGAAGUAAACCGACUGAUAAUGAUCCUGGGCCUUCCACGGGCUGCGCACUCAUGGCUGAGCAUGAAGAUGAUGGGCUGGAUGAACUAACGCAACCGAUGCUUCACAUUAAACCCGUGGUCCUAGAUGAACUGUCGGGAACAAGUCCACCAGAGGGUCGUUGGUCUUCCCAGCUCACUUCUGAGGUUCGCCCCACACCACAAACCACUGGAAAAUUGAAUAUCCCUGUCCAUCGGUUGAAUACGACACCUCCAAAUGCUCACGAUGCGGUGGCAACUAACAACCGACUGGCUAAGACUACUGUCAAACGAAAUCAAGUGCGACAACCACGAAACUCUGUUGCCGGACGAGUAUCCUCCUUGUUCCUGACUAAAUCGAUCGGUGUUGUGCAGUUUCGUUCUCGACGUGGUAACGACUCCAGCAUUGACAAAGAUUCAGAGGAUUCCUUACUGGAAGGCAGGGACAUAUAUGCCCUACCUGGACCCUCUUUUGGCCUUGUGAGGCGUGCUAGUCAAGCUUUCCCUGUCACAGCAGCUGCUGCGGAUUCCAGCAUCCUCACACACUUGGCUUCUGGAAACAAGCGUUCGGUGAAUCGAUCUUCGAAAUUCAAUCACUCGAAAAAGGCACGCGUCCUACAAAUCCCGAGUCCUGUGCAUCUGCCCGAUAGCAUUCUUAGCGAAGAUCCUUCGCAACCUGAGAUUUCUAUGGAGGCCUCCCAUGAGGUUAACAGGAGUAACGCAAAACUCCCUCUGUCAAGUGCUCCUCUUGUAGGAUCAGCCACCACUGUGUCUCCAACCUUGGUUUCGACAGCUGGAAAAAGCACUGAGCGUCCUUUUACACCUAUGCAAGCAGCAGUAACAUCGGCCGGAUUCGAUUACUCCCCUCAAGAUACGGAGAUCAAAAUGUCACCCAAACUGUUGGACAUUUCGAAUCACUGCUUUAAAAUUAACUCCACUCCGGUACCGGUUGUGGACCUGUCGUCAUUUUCGGAUCUCUUGGAUUCCCAUCUGGGUAGGCAGAAAGGCAGGAGCUCCGCUACAUUCAAAAGCAGCAUACCCGUAUCACCCUCUCCAGUGUGCAAGCGUCGCGGUACGCGUUCUCGUAAAAGAAUUGAUUCCUCACCGGUCACUACCAUGACACCCGAACAUUCUGGAGGGGGUGGUCCAGAUCGGAAGAAACGUAAAAGGCGUUCACCACCCGUUUCACCUGUUCACCGUUCUCGCCGAAUAACCAUGGAUAUUAAGCCUCCGGUUGAGAGGACUGAUGCAUCAUCAAAGUCGCCCGCUUCCAAGCCAAUUCGUCGCACAGCCCGACUAAGCUCCAUUGUCAAAACAGUUCAACCCACCGUGAGCACACAAACAAGACGACUCACCUCACUAGGGCAGAAGGUUGACACUGGGAGCAAACUGGACGAUGCCAGCUUUGUAUUGCUCGAACGCUGUACCCCAAAGGCUGAGUUACAGUUACUGUUUUCAGGUGUGGACUCGUCCCGCUUCAACCAUAUCUUUCCCGCUCUUGGCGCUUGUGAAACCGAAGACGUCAUGUUGGCCACCCAUUUGAUCACGGACCGUUGGAAACGAACCAUAAAAAUGUUGUAUGCUAGAGCCAGAGACCCAAUGGAAUUUCGCCUUUGUGAGCCUUUACCACCAAGCCCACCAUGUCGCCGCGCAGGUCGGCCGAGUCAACCCUUGAAGGCACCCGAAAAAGUGGAGCAGACAAACUUUUUGCGUGGCUGGUCGAUCAGCAGCACUCUUGGGGUUUCUCCUACGCCUGACGACUUGGCACGUCUAACUGAACUUGCUGGCGGACGUUGGAAGCCGUAUUCUGAACUGUUGCAGUUUUCUAGUCACGAAAAGCAUCACAAAGCCGUCGUCGUUACAACAGAGAAGGAUUUACUUGAAGUACAAUCCGGUAGAAGAAAGCGUGGAUCAAAACUGCCACCAUCCCUCAACAUGCCGUCCGUUUCGAUGGAGUGGUUCUUACAAACAUUAAUGCGGCGUGUUCCACCCAGGUGGCCUGUGGACGACUUGUUCCUAGUUCGAUAACUCGAAGUCCGCUGGAAGGAGGUAUCGUUACAGAUUAUCGACCCUCUUUUUGAACCCAUUGUACAAUUGUCCCGUUUCUCUGCUAGUUCCGUCGCUUGUCC